AUGUCUCCAAACCUCGAGGCCGAAGAGCCUCACAAUAACUUCGACACAAUACUUGUUCUCGAUUUUGGCUCUCAAACCAGUCAUCUUAUCCUACGUCGUCUUCGGGCUCUCGGCGUCUUCGCUGAGUUGCUUCCGUGUACAACCAAGAUCGCUGAUCUGUCAUGGAAGCCCAAAGGAAUUGUGUUCUCUGGAGGCCCUUCUUCUGUCUACGACGAGGGCUCGCCCCAUGUUGAUCCCGCUGUUUUUGACCUUGAUGUACCCAUUCUCUAUGGUUGCCAGGAGAUCGCAUGGCGAAUCGACUCAACGAAUGUUGCCCGUGGAAAGGCGCGAGAGUAUGGCCACGCCGAUGCCAACAUCGUCAAGGUUAAUAGUCAUGUCGACCGGCUCUUCGCCGGUUUGGGCGCUGAAAUGUCUGUUUUCAUGUCCCACUUUGACAAGCUAGUUAACCUGCCAAAGGGUUUUGUGGUCAUUGCUGCCACUAAGAACUCAGAGUACGCCGGUAUCGCUCAUGAGGAGAAGCCCAUCUUUGGCGUCCAAUUUCAUCCUGAGCUUGAACACACACCUCGCGGAAGCGAGCUCCUCCGCAACUUCAGCGUUGAUAUCUGUGGAGCUCAACCUAAAUGGAAAAUGGGUGACUUCGUCCAGCUUGAGAUCGCUCGCAUCCGGGAACUCGUUGGUGAACGAGCACUUGUUCUCGGGGCUUGCAGCGGUGGUGUGGAUAGUACUGUAGGUGCGAAAAUAAUGCGUGAAGCCAUCGGUGACCGCUUUAAAGCCAUCCUCAUCGACAAUGGAUGUAUGCGUUUGAACGAGUGCGAGGAGGUCAAGGAGACGAUCGGGGAGCACCUUGGCAUCAAUCUCACAGUUGUUGACGCAGGCGAUCUGUUCAUGAGUCGUCUUGCGGGUGUUUCUGAUCCUGAGAAGAAGAGGAAGAUCAUUGGGUCGACUUUUAUUGAUCUGUUCGAGCAAGAGGCUAUCAGGAUCGAGAAAGAAGCAGAGAACACCCCCAACUCCGGGAAGGUAGAAUGGUUUUUGCAGGGAACACUGUACCCUGAUGUUAUCGAAUCUUUGAGCUUCCGCGGGCCUUCGGCCACUAUCAAGACUCACCACAACGUAGGCGGUCUGCCUGAGCGAAUGAUGAAGGGCCAAGGAUUGCGUCUUAUUGAGCCGCUUAGACUCUUAUUCAAAGAUGAAGUCAGGGCCAUUGGUCGACAACUCGGCAUACAUGAGUCGCUAGUAAACAGACAUCCCUUCCCCGGUCCUGGUAUUGCUAUUCGCAUCCUUGGCGAUGUUACCAAGGAGCGAGUAGAGAUCGCCCGCCAGGCCGACCACAUCUUCAUCAGCAUGAUCAGGGAGGCCGGUCUUUACGACCAGAUAUCUCAAGCGUUUGCUGGUCUCGACACUAAUCGUAGUGUUGGUGUUUUUGGUGAUCAGCGUGUUUGGGGUUACAUCGUGAUCCUCCGCGCUGUUCGUUCCAAAGAUUUCAUGAGCGCAGAGGUAUUCAACUUCGACAACUCCUUCCUCAUGAACGUUGCGCGCACCAUUUGCAAUCAGGUAGAGGGCGUGUCCCGUGUUGUCUAUGAUUUCACCUCCAAGCCUCCUGGCACUAUUGAGCUGGAAUAG